UGCGCGCACUGUUGGAUAGGGGUUCGGAAGAGUUGUUCGAUGAAGAGGUUGUUCGAAACAAGGCAGUGGCAGAGGAGCAAACUGAGCAUGGUGAGGUGAAGGAAUCCUUUGACGAGGUGAUCCUGUUGGAUCCGGUGGUGACAUGUGCGGAGGAUAUUCUAGAGUUGAUUUUUCAGAGUCGGCUUCAGAACGCAGAUUUGACAUGCGGAAUGGAUAUUGGGCACACGGUGCGCCUUCAAGAGUCGGAUUCCGUAGAAACAGAAAAGACGUUGGAGCAAGGAGGUAAGACUGCGGUAUGACAAGGUCGGCUUAUAUUUCAAGCAUCAUUAAUUCUGCUAACAUUUUAUUCAUAUCAUUGUCACUCUACACGCUUGUGCUAGUCUACGACAGCUCGCUCACUAGGGACAUAUUCGGUCAAAAGCUGCAGCAAGACCCCACGGACCUAUCCAUCUUCUCCACCGACACCGAGACUCAAACUCGUUUUCUGAAACGUCUCCCCUUCCAAGUCGAGUCCUGCUGGAGCGGCGCCAUUAUCUUACGAGCCUCCAACUUAUCCUCCAUCCCUUUCUCUGAUCCUUUUAACCCGCAAGACUACCAAUCAGUCGGCCAAUGCAACCAAACCGACGAUCGUGUGAAGCUCAUCCAAUAUCUAAGGCAGUCUUCAUCUGCAUUUGAAUCCUACAGUCCACGAGUAAUCGUUGUCCCGAGCAUCCCAUUCCCAUAUUCCUCUAAAGACUAUGUCAACCAAGGCCGGUUCAAUGGCUGGGGACUCUGGCCAAAGACCGAGAAGCAGUACCGGGACCAACUCGAAAGCAAGCUGGAGGCCGAGAGCCGGCAUCCACUGUAUGGGUACAGGCCCUCGACAGCGAGUUAUGGGUAUAUUCUGCGAGUCAAAAAAGACGGAGACCAGGACCCGUUUGUGGAAGGCAUGGAGAAGGAUGAGAAGAGCAGCGAGGCAGAUGUAGAGAAGUGGGGAGCCGAGUCGCUGGUGGUCUCGGAAGAGGUUACGGUGGCGUUAAAGACGAAGCUGGAGGAGAUCGGUGCGGCGUUUGGGGUGCAGGAUAUUCAGAAUGCGGUGAUAUUGAAGACGGAGGGGGAGAUGAUCGGUAAAUGGCGCGAGCGCUCUGCUUCCAGCGCCUGGGAGUGUUGAGCCCGUCGUGUCUCAAGAGCUUGUUUAAUUGCCAUAGUACGACCAACCAUACUUAAGAAACCCCAGCCCCUCCCCCCAUAACAAAAAAGUAACGGCAGUUUGUUCUGCAGACUUUUCUAAAA